CACCAAUCGUCAGCACAGAACUCCAAGAUGUCCGCUGACGUCUUUGCAUUCACUAACCGCAUCGUCCUCAUUUCAGGGGGAAGUUCUGGUAUCGGCGCAUACCUCGCGCAGGGCCUCGCUGUCGCGGGCGACGGCAACAACCGCAUCUACAUCGUCGGCAGGCGGGCCGCUGCACUCGCGUCCACCGCGUCUGCCUCCGCCCAUGCGUCUUCCAUCAUCCCGCUAUCAGGCGACGUGAGCUCCAUUGCAGGCUGCCAAAAGGUAGCGGCGGACUUCGUCGAGGCGGAGAAGAACGCGGGGGUGGCGGAAGACAAGAUCCAGUUAGACCUGCUCGUGAACAACGCGGGUAUCCUCAGAGGAGAGGGAUCCGCGCCGCCAGAGGCAAGUGUUGAGGAGCUGGCAGAGAGCCUGUUGAAGGCAAGCGACGACGACUGGAGGGUCGAGAUGGCGGUCAAUGUCGGGUCAAUCCAGUGGCUCUCCGCAAGCCUGCUCCUCUACCUCGUGCGCGCCGCGAGCACCGGGAAGCGCGACGGCCGCGGGAACAUCGUCGUGAACACCUCUGUGUCCGCCUUCAAUCAGACGCCGCCGUUCCACCUCUACUGCGCGUCAAAGGCAGCUGCACACAGCGUCACGCAGAGCCUCGCCCGCGCGCUCACGCCGCGCGGCGUGCGCGUCAACAGCAUUGCUCCUGCGAAUGUGCCGAGCGAGAUGAACAGCCUAAGCAACCCCGCAAGCUUCGUGAGCAAGUUGAAGGAUAGCAUGCCUGUGGGUAGGAUCGGCGAGCCGGAGGACGUGGUUGCGGCAGUGGUGUAUUUGGCGAGCAGGGCAGGGAGCUAUGUCUCGGGGACUGUGAUUGCGGUUGAUGGUGGGGUCCUCUUGACCUGAGUUUGCAGGAGCACAUACACGGAGCGUCGCGCGUAUUGUAGACGAUGUCAUGGAAGCUUGAAGGAUUCGUCGAGGAUAUUGUCAGUGUUACCAACACGUCCCUCGCCACAGUGAAGUGUACUAUCGACGACGCGAUUAAUCACG